UUACCUUCAUUUACUAUUUAAUUGUGGAAGAAGCAACCCACAAACAUUUAGUUAAGGCAAGUCAUGUGGAGUGUACAGUAUUCAAUGAUGUCUUCCAGGUAUUUGAUCUUCUACCUGGCCAUUUUAUUCAUGAACAUCAGUUAUGGGGCAGUUCUACCACAGCAGCGUAUGGCGACCAACAUAGAAGGCCCAAGUAGCCAAUCACGAAUUGUUGGACCUGAUGGUAGUGUAAUAAUGGCUGAUAAUCCAGGCGGUAGAAUCAUCCAUCAAGAAACUUUAGGAGUUUUUGAACCUGUUGGACGUUUUGUAGAUUCAAUAUUUCAAGGGCCCCAACUCCUAAACCCAACUGCCUCUGGGCAGCUGGCUCAUAAAGCUAUAGAUGCAGCUAUUCUUGGACCUUCUAUUGGUGCGGCUCAAGAUACACAUUCAAUUGACCAUGGCACGGAAAUAGGCGCAGUUUAUGCCGCAGAUAAGUCAACUGUAGAUGUAGAGGCUCAUUAAAUAUAUGUUACUUAUGGGGUAGAUGCUUAAUAGAAAUAAACGAAUUUUUAAAUUAA